UAUUCUCUCUAUUAAAACUCCAAAUUAUAGAUACAAUGAAGUUUUCUGGCUCAAAACCAGUGUUGCUCAUUUUUGCAAUCCUUCUCUUACUCAUUGUUGCUCAAGAAAACAGAGUUGUUGCAGGACAGACAUGUGAUCCUAUGCAGCUUACUCCAUGCGAGGAGGCCAUAUUGAAAGGCUGUAAGCCGUCGGAUACUUGUUGCACCAGGUUGAACCAGCAACAACAUUGUGUAUGCCAGUACAUGAAGAACCCUAAUUUCAAAUCUUUCCUUGACUCACCAAAUGCUAAAAAGAUUGCCACUGACUGCCGUUGUCCUAAACCCAAGUGCUAGUCUCUCUUCUUCUUCAGUCUUGUGUUUUUUCUUGCUUUAAUGGAUUUUGCUGUCCUUUUGUGUUAAGUUAAUUAUCAUGUUUGAUGAUUUUCUUCAUGUUUCCUACUUUGGUUAAUGAUUUUCUGCAUGUGUUUGUCCUCAAAAGAUCUCGC